AAAAAAAAAAAAAAAAAAGAUGAUGGCACUCUAGAGAUCACAAAUCCUACAGUAUACCUAUGUAAUUACGAUAACUUACGACAACUUGACGAAUCUGAAUUCUUCCUAUUAAUUUACGAGACUACGACAAUUUAAACUUGCACUCCUAAAUGCGCCUAUAAUCUUCUAAUCACGUCGAUGCGGACUUACGUCCCGAGCUACCUCUUUUGAUUCGUAUCAUAGCCGUCACGAUCACGACCGACACGAAAACCAUGUCCGACACUAUCGACUCUAUCGUUAAGGGAGCCCCUCAGCCCGGCCAGGGCAUGAAAUCCCCGCCAAUGGGCACGAGCCCUAUCGGUGUAGACAAGCCCGGCGAUCCUUUAAAGCACACGCCAAGCUCGCCUUCCAUGAUCUACCUCAACAUGCUAAUACUAGAGGCUUCGCUACGCUCUCAGUACCUCGAACUCCGCGCCCGUCGGCGAAAGCACACCUUCUUCCUGAGCCUUCUGUGUCUGUGGUUAGCGGGAUUUGGAUAUGCUCUAUUCUUCGCACCCCGAGAAGACGGUAGCGGUGUUGGCGGCUCGGUAUAUUGGGUCGUGGACAUGACAGAGAAAGUGUGCUUCAUAAGCGGAAUAGUCACAGGUAUACUCGUCUGGGCGACUGGUAUAUGGGAGCGUGGUAUCAGGUGGCCGCGGCGCUGGUUUAGCAUAUGCAAUAGAGGCUUGCGUGGAUUCAACUGCAAAUUGGUUGUAAUCAAAAGGUCUUGGUGGGUUGAGCUCGUGUCACUCAUAGGAUUCUUCUUCACCUACGGCGCAUUCUCUAGCAGGGCUGGCCAGUAUCACUUCGUGGAACCUUCGAUAUUACGUGAAGUCGAACGAGAGCUAAAUCUCGGCCGGCACGAUCACCCUCCGCUCCCCUUCGUCAGUACGGAUGAGGAGAGGGGGGGUCAUGAGGAAGACCUAUCGCCCGGGGGAGACUACGUCAAACUUCUACUAUGGCCCAAACCCUUUUCGCCUCACUUCCGGGAAAAUUGGGAGCUUUACAGAAGCGAGUACUGGGAAAGGGAGAACGAGCGCCGAGCGUUAUUGAGAACUAAACUAAAAGCCCGCGAAAGGCAGCUGGCAAAAGAACAAAACGGAUGGUUGUGGUGGCUACUAGGAACCUCGAAGGUAGAGGACAAGGCACAUUUACAUGGCUCUGGGGUAGGCGAUGCAGAGAAAAGCAUACAUCAUCGACAUUCCGGUCUGUCGAAGGAGAAUAAGCGUACUAGGAGUGGUAGUUUCCGGAGAGCUAGUAACUCGGCUGGAUCAACACGAAGUCCUACACCGCCAGUGGAGUCGGAGGAAGGUAGCCGUAGUAGGAGAGGCAGCAUGAACUCGAUUACUUCUGAAAAGAGGCGAAAGAAGCACCUUUCAACCAACUCCAGAUCGAAGAGGCCAGGCGUCGAGUCGCGAUCCGUUACACCAGAAUUCACAUCGCCACUUGCUAGGGAGAGUAGUAUUGGUACUAGCGAACUUCCGUAGCGAUUAUCGAAAGGCCAAUAGUUAUGUUUACUCGCCCAUGGGUCGUGGUUCAGUGGCUUUAAUGGCUCUAAUUUGUACGAAUCCCGCCUGUCUAACGUGCUUUAAGAUAUAAUAUACGAGAAUAUAUGAGAGCCAGG